CUUUACCCUCUUCUCUUUGUCCCUCCUACCAAGACUCGCUCCGGUGCGCUAUCUAUCCGCAUGUAGCCUAUCCCGCUGCAAACCAAGAUGAACCACAACAACCUUCAUCUCACUUUCACGUCCAUUUAAACUCUCAUCCCCCCGCGUCCGACCGGCCUCGAUCUAUGCUACCCUGACACACCAUACCGCGCUCCCUUCUCCCCCGGCAUCACCGACACUCGCUCCCCCCCUGGAAGCAGCAUGCCCGAGACGGGAGCGGCAGCAGCAGCGACCGCUGCAGCCGCAAACGGAACCACCGACAGCGAGGGCUCACGGCACAGACACCGAUCGCAAGGAGAAGCAGAGAAGGCUGAUCCUCCCGCUGCUUCCCAGCAAACCUCCUCCGGGGUCUUGGACAAGCUGUUUGGAAAGCGGCUCCUACAGGCGGGACGCUACAUCAUGUCUCACAAGUCUUGGAUGAAGACAGUGCCCACAGAAAACUGUGACGUCCUCAUGACUUUUUCAGAUGCCAUAGAUGACCAUACGUUACUAUGGUUACUGAAUCACAUCCGGUUGGGUAUUCCAGAGCUCAUCAUCCAGAUCCGACAUCACAAACAAACGCGAGUCUACGCUUUUUUCGUGACUGCAACCUACGAAAACCUGUUGCGCGGGGCAGAGGAAAUGGGUUUGCGCAAAGCAGUGAAGCCCGAGUUCGGCGGUGGCACUCGCACCUUCUCCUGCGAGGAAGACUACAUCUAUGAGAACGUCGAGAGCGAGCUGUGCUUCUUCACAUCACAGGAGCGUCAAAGCAUCAUUAAAUACUGGCUGGACAACUUGAGAGCAAAACAAGGAGAGGUUCUUCAUAACAUCCAUUUUCUUGAAGGACAGCCAAUCAUCCCGGAGCUGAGUGCCAGAGGAGUAGUCCAGCAGGUCUUCCCUCUUCAUGAACAAAGGAUCCUCAGUCAGCUGAUGAAGUCCUGGGUCCAGGCUGUUUGUGAGAAACAGCCCUUGGAUGAUAUCUGUGAUUACUUCGGUGUCAAGAUCGCCAUGUACUUCGCCUGGCUGGGAUUCUACACCACCUCCAUGCUGUAUCCCGCAGUCAUUGGCUUUGUCUUAUGGAUGCUCACCGAGUCGGACCAGACGAGCCGGGACAUCUGCUGCGUGGUGUUUGCUCUUUUCAACGUGGUGUGGGCCACCCUCUUCCUGGAAAGGUGGAAGCGCCGGGGGGCGGAGCUAGCGUACAAGUGGGGGACGCUGGACACGCCUUCUGAGUCAAUAGAGGAGCCCCGGCCUCAGUUUAGGGGUGUGAAGCGGUGCAGUCCAGUGACGGGCUGUGAAGAGACGUACUACCCGCCCUGGAAGCGGAGGGCCUUCCGCUGUCUGGUCAGCCUGCCCAUCUGCAUCCUCUGCCUUUGUUUCGUCUUCCUGGCUAUGCUCAUCUGCUUCGAGCUGCAGGAGUUUGUCAUGGGGAUCAAAGAAUUGCCCCGUGUGGUCAGGUUUGUGCCCAAGAUCAUGCUGGCCAUCACUGUGACAGCAUGUGACGAGGUGUACAGGAAGAUCGCCUGCUGGCUGAAUGACAUGGAAAACUACAGACUCCAGAGUGCCUACGAGAAACAUCUCAUCAUUAAAAUGGUUCUUUUUCAGUUUGUAAAUUCUUAUCUCAGCCUUUUCUACAUCGGAUUCUACCUCAAAGACAUGGAGCGUCUGAAAGAGAUGCUCGCUACCCUGCUCAUCAUCCGUCAGUUCCUGCAGAACGCGAAGGAAGUCCUUCAGCCUUAUCUAUAUGAACGCCACAAGUUAGGCGAGCUGACAUUUAGGACUGUGUGGAACCUUCUGCUGUCUGCGCUGCUGAAAUACGGACGCCUGGCUGCAGGAAAAGCACAAGUCUCUCCCACCGAACAAGCCGUGCAGGGCCCGGGGCUGAGAGGCACAAGGCCUGGGAUCGGCCAGACAGAGCGGAGAGAGAAGAAGUGUCUUAACGGGGGCUGUGGGGUACCAGAGGAAGAGGAAGAUGAGGAGAGCUUAAGACACAAUGAGGAGGAUAAUGAGGAGGAGAGCCUGAUUGAUUGUGGACUAAAGCUGCGAAAGGUCAGCUUCAUCGAGAAGGUCGAGCGCAAGCCUGGCUCUGUAGUUGCUCCAGUGGAGGAUACCUUCCUGGAGGAAGGAAGCCCCACCAUGGUGGAGAAAGGCAUGGAUCCUGCCUCCAUCUUUGAGAUGUGUGACGAUGACGAUGACAACGGAAUCCCUGAGGUGAAAGACAUUUCCGGAGAGGCCUUAACCGGCCCGCUUGCUGCUGGCCCAGAGUGCCCCGUCUCUGUCCGGCACCGGCGGAGGGGCCGAAGUCUAGAGCGGGAGGAUAGCAAGACCAAGAGGGACUCCUGGAUCGACCCCCCAGAAGAGAACGAACCCACGACACUCACUCAGGCUGAAAUAGAAAGCUGCAUGCAGACGUACGAGGACACCUUCCAGGACUACCAAGAGAUGUUCAUCCAGUUUGGCUACGUGGUGCUCUUUUCCUCCGCCUUCCCGUUAGCGGCCAUGUGUGCCCUCAUCAACAACAUCAUCGAGAUCCGCAGUGACGCCUUCAAGCUCUGCACCAGCCUGCAGAGGCCGUUUGGCCUGAGAGUGGAGGCUAUCGGCCAGUGGCAGACGGUUAUGGAGGUUAUGGGCUUGAUUGCCAUCAUCGUUAACUGCUACCUGAUUGGCCAGUGCGGCCAGCUGCAGCGCCUCUUCCCCUGGCUCAGUCCUGAGACGGCCAUCAUAUCCGUCGUCAUCUUGGAGCACUUCGCCAUUCUCCUGAAGUACGUAAUCCACGUGGCCAUCCCCGAUAUCCCCAGCUGGGUGGCAGAUGAGAUGGCCAAACUCGAGUACCAACGCAGGGAAGCCUUCAAGAAACAUGAACGACAGGCCCAACAGCACUACCAACAGCAGCAGCGGCGGAAGCGCGAGGAGGAGGAGCGGCAGAGGCAGGCGGAGUAUCAGGCCCGGAGGGAGCGGGAACGUGAGGAGGGCAAGGGCGACUCUGCCGGCGGGGGCGACCAUCACCAUGACAAGAGCCAUGGGGGCAAGCUGCGUUCCGGUGGGGGGGGCGGCGGCAGCACGGGUGACAAGCCCAAGAGGCCGAGCUCACUGCUGGCCAACAAUAAUGUCAUGAAGCUCAAGCAGAUCAUCCCACUGCAGAGCAAGUUUUCCUCUGGAACGGCCCGGUCCCCGCAGUCCCCGACCGGCAGUGAACCCAAACUCCCAGGGUUCCUCAGUUUCAAGUUCCUGAAGUCGCCCGAGAACAAGAAGGAAGCAGCGGCAGCAGCGGCAGCGGCGGCGGCGGCGGCCUCAGCGGCUUCCUCCGGUGCCGCCGCGAAUCUGGAGAAAUCUCAGUCCCCCAGUAAGUCCUUCAACCCUGGGAAACUGUUUAACUUUGGUAAGUCUGAAGGGGGCGGCUGUGUAAACGGAACUCAGCAGGCCAAGCCUGGAGAUGCCCCCCAGUCCCAGGACAAGCAGCCUACCAGGUCAGACCUGAACGGAGUGCCUGAGGAAAUACCCUCACCCGGCAGCGAGGGGGGGGAGAACGGACACACGCCGGACCCCGAGCUUCCGGGGCCCAAGAUCUGACCCUCAAAAGCAAACAAUCAAAUCAAAGGCUAUGACCAAGGAAGAAUGCCAAGCCUCGUUCCUGUGCACCAUGACGUCUGGAAGAUGGCUCACUUUCUAACAGACUCGUGGGUCCGUUUGUGCUUGAACACAGAUUUGGAUAUCAGAGAGGAUGAAAAGAGACUCAUUUCCCGCUCCGCCACACGCCAGCCCCCCCCCCCUUCUGCAAUACAUACAGGAAUGCAUGACCUGCGUUUCUUAUCCUUUUUUAGCCUUUUUUUUUCCAAAAAGAGAACUGCACUGUCCUUUAUUUAUUCUGUAGUCUAAAAAUUGUAAGCACCUAUCAGUGGAUUGCCACUGAGAUUCACAGUCUGAUUGGACAGAAAUCUGGUUUGAGCUACAGAUCUGGCAUCUCCCAAACCAUACAGAGAACUUCCUGAACCUGCUCAGAUGGACAUCAGAAACUUCUACCAUUGAGAUGAAUCAGCAUAAAUACUAACUGUGACUAGUCCAAGGCCUCGAUACUAUUUUUAUUCCGCCAAGCUGUUAAAUUUGCUCAUAGGUUGUUAUUCAGUGGUUCAGUUUCUUUUUUUUGUUUUAGUUUUGCAGACAAAUUUAUAACUCGUCCACUUUUCUUUUGGUUAUUUUUUACUAAAUAUUUAUUUCCUCACUGAACUACUCACAUUGUUUUAUAUAUCUCCUCAUAUCCAACAGCAAUAUUAAAAGUAUGGUCUGUUUUCUCCGAUAUCCCGCUUGUGCUGUACAGGGUACCAUUCUCUCCAGCCGUAACUCUUUACUAGCUGGACUGUGCAUAGAGAAGAUAGUUUGGGUUAAACUACAAAUAUUUACUUAAUUAGAAAUGGUUAUUGAUACAGUUGUCAUGGAAACUGGCAGUGAUUUGGACAUAGCCUUGGAAUUGUUUUGUAUUGUGGCUAGCAGGCUAGCCUACGGAAUCGGCUAGUAAUGACUAGCUGUGGUGUAACUGAUGUCAAAGUCGUCAUUUCAUACAAAGCUGGACUGAAGCCUAAUUAUGACACUAGUUGACCACAAAUUUCAGUUUUCUGUUGGUUCCAAAAUUUAAUUUGACUUCCACAAGCAUGAGAAAGCUUGUUUUGCAUGUGAGGAGAAGGAUUUUUCUCUACAUGUCAGUCUGACUGAUGCGAUACAUCCCAGUAGCACAUCGAUAUUCAAUUCAGACAAGAUAAUUACUGUGACAAACCGGAGAGGCACUAAGACCCUGAGGCGCCGUGCUGAGGACCUUCUCCUGUUUCUCUGGAUAGCCUGGUCAUUAAUGAACUAAUCUCAGUGCCACAAUUACUGAUCGUCUUUGUAAUAGUUCCCCACUAACCAAAUAAAGUCCCAAUGACUGUCAGUGACUGGAUACAUCCAUGCCGCCCUCUCCGAUCUCCGAACACAAUUUUAUUUCUGUCUUCAUAUUCCCCUCUUGUAUGGUCACUCAAAGCAAACAUCCAGCCUGCCUCAUAGAGAGCAAGCGUUAGACAUGCAGAAUAGGAAGGUCUCUAUACAUACCUGGGUCAUUUCUCAUUAUUAUUAUUAUUAUUAUUUUUCAGUUGUAUUGUUAAUCUAUGACUUAUGAAGAAGGCCAGAGAGCAGAGACAUUUCAUUACCACGCACAGCUGAAAACAGAUAACAAUAAAAGAGAAACAUUUGCACUAGACCCUGAGACCCUGCUUCUCGGUAUGCGGGGUGAUGGGGAAAAACACCAGCCUGCCUCAUGACAUAUGCAAAAGCUAGACAUUUCCGUUUUAUUGCUACAUGACUUCUCUAAAUUUGUGACUUUUAUCCAUCCAUUGGAUUUUCAGUUAAGGCGUCUUAAUGCGGUUAGUAUUUGUGUAAGUUAUACAUAGAUGUCGGGUUAUAUUUAUUUAUUUAUUUAUUGUGUUGUGUUUUUGUUUUCAGUCAAUGAUUUGCCAAAGCAGCACCAAAACAGGGCUUUUAAAGUACAGAGCCAUACUUGUGUGUCAUUUCCAUAAAACUGACCAAGAGAAGGAGCCCCAAAAUAAUAAUUCUGUACCGUAUCACCCUACAGGAAACCUCCACAGGAUAUUCUGACAGCCCUUAAAGGAAACACUUCCGUAGUUUUGUCCAAGCCUAGUUUGAUUUGGGCCUCAAAAUGAUGUGCACAAUAUUUCAGAUACACAGAAUGUCACUUUGUCGUCUCUACGAUAAUGUGGGGAGACAGAAGGCUUACCUAUGCACUUCCUGAUCUCUUGAUGACCACAGUCUUUUGAAAAAAAUUAAUGACGAGCAAUAAACUGCUGAAUUAAUAAUUGGUGGAAUGCUGUGCCUACAGGUUAGAUAUUCUGUUCGGCUAUGGUCUAACCAAGGUUUGUUUCCAGUUCCAGUCUUGGUCAUACGGACCCUCUGAGUCUCGAUCUAGCUUCCUGCAGCUCUUCCAAUACAGGCUGAACAACACACCUGUAAAGUUUUAAAUAGAAGAUCUAAUUUUAAGUCCCUAGACACAAUGUAUUCUUAAUGAAUGAUUGCCGCAUUUGUCGGAAUUUUGAAAUUGUUAACAACCUGAUGAUACUUCGUAGAAGUCUUACCUUCUAGUAUUUUUAAAAGAAUUUUGGCCACUACUGAAUGUGUUAUAAUGCUGGCAUUCAAAUUAACCCAACAGGGAAAGCAGAAGUACCUACGAUACUGAAAGUAUUAAAUAAUAUUCAGCUUCGUGUCAAUAAUUGGUGAAUUCUGUGAAUUUUACAUCUAGCUGUAUGAAGAUGUGCCAAUGCAAUAAUCGGUGAAUGUGCAGCGUUAAUUGGAACAAAAAAUCCACCAGUUAUUUGUUAUUGUCCGGCAACAAUUAUUGCGACAAGGAUUUUAUUGCAUCGGAUUUUCAGUUUAGCAACAACUGGCUAUUCAUUUGUGCACUCUGACAUUCUGCAUUACCCAAGUCUCAGAACUGGCGUCACUAGUUAGCUUAAUUUUGUUAGCAUAUCAUUAUGAAUUCUUAGGGUCAGAAAGAUGGAAAUCAUAUGUGAUGUAGUCAAAUGUUUGUCAAGUUGUGCGUAAACAAGGAAAGUGUUGAUUGAGGUAUGGGGUCUGUUUCAGGUGAGUGUGAGCCUUAACACAUAAACAUUGUAGGAUUCGCUUGGUUUACGUUUAACUUGCAUAAAUCUUAUUCGUAAGAUUAGCUUGACUGGGGGAUAGAUGACGGAUUUACUGAAAAUACUGUUGAGGCAUCGGGCAUGUAGGGGGAAAGUCAGCGUUGAGACGAACUUCCUGUUCAAUUUAAAAAUGUCUUCAUGAAACACCACUUGAAUGGACAUCAUGUACUCUUCCAAUGUACAACUUGUUUUGUUUGUUUUUAAUGAAAAAUAUACUGAAAAUGGGAUUAAUUUAUUUCUUUUAUUUUGUCAUAUUUUUGUAAGACCUGCAAAUAGAUAAUAAAACUAUUAAA